CCUGCGGCGGUGGCAGCGGCGGCGGCGGCGGCGGCAGCGACUCCAUCACUUUCCUCCGGGGCCGGGGGUCGACGGGCAGUGGCACCGGCGACUGGACAGGGCUGGGCAGGGCCGUGGACGCCGGGCCCCUGGUUCCCCAUUAGGCUGCGGGCUCUGGGCCUGGGGCCACCCAGCGCUUUCCAGGCGCCGAGCUGGGGGUGCGCCCGGCCACCCGGCCUCGGGAUCAUGGGGAAUGGCAUGACCAAGGUACUUCCUGGACUCUACCUUGGAAACUUCAUUGAUGCCAAAGACCCUGAUCAGCUAGGCCGGAAUAAGAUCACACACAUCAUCUCUAUCCAUGAAUCACCCCAACCUCUGCUACAGCAUAUCACAUACCUUCGAAUCUCAGUCGCUGAUGCUCCUGAGGUACCCAUCAAAAAGCACUUCAAAGAAUGUGUCAACUUUAUCCACAGUUGCCGCCUCAACGGGGGUAACUGCCUUGUACACUGCUUCGCAGGUAUAUCUCGAAGUACCACCGUUGUGAUCGCCUAUGUGAUGACGGUGACCGGACUAGGCUGGCGGGAAAUACUUGAAGCCAUCAAGGCCACCAGGCCCAUCGCCAACCCAAACCCAGGCUUUAGGCAGCAGCUUGAGGAGUUUGGCUGGGGAAACUCGCAGAAGCUUCGCCGGCAGUUGGAGGAGCGCUUCGGGGAGAGCCCGUUCCGCGACGAGGAGGAACUGCGCACGCUGCUGCCUCUCUGCAGGCGCUGUCGCCAGGGUUCGGCGACCUCCGCCACGUCGGCCACAGCGUCCUCCGCCGCUUCCGAGGGGACCCUGCAGCGCCUGGUGCCGCGGGAAGCCCACCGGCCGCUGCCGCUGCUGGCGCGCGUCAAACAGACUUUCUCUUGCCUUCCGCGGUGCCUGUCGCGCAAGGGCGACAAGUGAGCGCCCUGCCCUCCGCUCCGCCUGUCCUCACGCCACAGCCCUUCGCCAGCGGCCAGGGCUUCCCGCAUCCGGGAUGCGCCCAGAGCUUGUGGGAGCCUCGCCCAUGCCCAAUGUCCACCACGCUUGUCUGCGUCCGUCCUCAGUGUCCCCUUUGUGAGUCCGUGUUCCGCCGGCCUGCUUCAAGCCACCUGGUGCCUUAGUCCUUGAGCCCGGGGAAGAGGUCCUAGGCCUCCACCCAGACAGACGGGGAGCAGGAGGUUGGUCGGGUGGGGCGGACUGGCCUGGAGGAGAUUAAAGAGAUGCGGACGUUGCCUGGUCCGGUGCCUCUGGUCAUUCUGCAGAGCCUGGGUUCUGCAGCCUGCGUGAGGCAGGCCGGGAGCAGCUUCCAGGGGCCCGGGGAAGCACCAUUCUCCAUUAGUCUGCAGAGCUGAAUUCCAAGACCAUACCCUUCUCAGACACCCCUCCCCCAGUCCCCAUCUCUCCCAGAGCCCUGGACUCCUGACGCCGCCCCCCCCCCCAGCUCUUUGGACCUCUCACCUCUCUGAGGCCCCUCCCUCUUCUCCAAAUAACUGGCCGGUGUGCGCCAGUUGGUGGUGUUGCCUUCACAUCAGCUUUAACAGUCUGAGAUGACUUUAUACUCAGGGAGAACACCCAGGAUCAGAGACGCCAGGCUGCUGGCCCAAGCACACACAGCUAAAGCAGGUCAUUCCAGCUGUGGCAGGAAGGAGGAAGCAACUGCUGGUGUGGAGGUUCCUGGAAAGGAAGACCCAGCACCAACUGGGGUGCAGGGGGUGGCAGGACACCCAAUAAAGAGUAAGCAGCCCUAUGGAUGGACAGACUAAGGGGUGUCACAAGAACUGAUUACCCGAGGGAGCCGAAGUUGCUUUUGCUCAGUAGACUCUUGGCUUCACAGCUGAUGGGGCACAGCCCCGGGGAACUGAGCGGAAGGAAUGAUGGGCUACCCACACCAACCCCCAAUUCUUCAUCCACUCAAAUGUUCAUUGAGCACACAGUGUACCGGACUGUGCUGGACUCUGGGGCUACAGCAAGGAACACACCUCUGUCCAUGGCUGACCUUCUAGUGGAAGAGACCAGAUUAAAGAGGGGGUAAGAGAGUGGACCAUCUUGCCAUCUGACAGGAGAACGGGGAGCGACAAGUGGGAAUUCCAAGUGGCAGGAGCGGUUAACUGAAAAGACCCGGAAUUAGGGCUUUGUGAAGAGGAAGGGUGACUGUGCUCCCCAGAGGACAGGGAGCCUGCAUCCUCCUAAUUGGCCAGUGCCACCACAGUCCACCUGUCUUCUAGCCCCUCUGUCCCGGACAGAGUCAUCCCCUCUUUGAAACGAUAACGUGGUCCCAUCGUCCACAGACAAAACCAAGCCCUUUGGUAUAGUGUUCCAGACCCUUCCAGAGGCUCCCUGGAUGGAGUGUCGCCUCUACACACGGCCUCAGCAGUGCAGUGCUCUCCCCUAGGACACUGUCGCUGUCCUAAACACUCCAGCUCAGCCGAUCCUCAUCCCACCCUAUAAAAGGACAACUAAUUCCUACUCUUGUUCACAUACACAGCAAGGGCUGAUGCAGCUGAACUACUCAGCACCCUUCAUACUGCAAAGAUUUCUUGAUAAUAAAAG